AUGGAAGGAAGAGUAGAACUCCUUGUAAACGGAAUGUGGUCCGCGGUAUGUGAUGACGACUGGGAUAACGUGGAAGCAACUAUUGUUUGCAAAACUCUUUCGACUUUUCCUUUCGACAGGAGAGUUAGCGGUAAAGCCUUCCGUAACAGUUUCUUUGGUCACGGGACGGGAAAAAUUGCAUACUCUAGUGUUAAAUGUAACGGAACGGAAAUUGAUGUGAUGCAUUGUACGCUUAAAGAAGUAGCAAUACCAACUUGUGAUCACUCGAACGAAGCUGGAGUGUCAUGUUCUUUUGCCGAGCAAAUCAAACUAUCACGGCCAGUGAGUACAACAGCUGAAGGCACGGUUUUUAUCAACAUUAACGGUGAUUGGAAUACCCUGUGUGACAAAGACUUUGGAACUCAAGAAGCACAGACUGUUUGCCGAGAACUUGGAUACUGGAGUUCAAAUGUGCAGUUCUUUUCAAAUUCGUGGUUUGGUGAAGGAAAUGGGACGUCACAAGAUCUGAGACCACAAUGCAUGGGAACUGAAACUAAAAUAUCUUUUUGCCCGUUAGAAAAAUCUUGGAAUGAAAUGACUUGUUCUCAUGCGGAUGAUGCUGGUGUACAAUGUACUCCUACGACAUUAGAUACUUCUAAUGUUCGACUUAUUGAUGGAGACAAGCCAGGAAAAGGGAGGAUCGAAGUAAAAUACAACAACCAUUGGGGAUCGUUCUGUUGGAGAAGUCACACUGAAGGUAAAUCAUUUUUGGCUAAAAGAAAUGGAUCAGCUAUUUUAAUUGGGUCGUUACGAUGCCAUGGACAAGAGGACAACAUUGGACUCUGUAAAGCCUUCAUGGACAAAGAAACGUGUACAGACGAAGCUGUAGGAGUAGACUGUACAGACUGUGUAAGCGUCAACAACUCAAAGACAGGCAGCAUCAAGUCAAAUAAUUAUCCACAGCCGUAUGAACCAAACACAGAUUGUUUGUAUAUAAUCCAGCCUCCGACUGGAAUUUACAAAAUUGAAUUUUUAGACUUGCAAAUGGCAGAUUCUGGUGAUUACGUUGAGGUUAAAGAUAAGCUUCAUGGUCGUGUUAUGGGACAUUACACUAUUUUCUCUGGAGUAAAACCAAUUUUUGGUAACCAAUUUUACAUAAGGUACAGAACAAACUCACAAGACGAAUCUAAAGGAUUUCAUUUGCAGUGGUCAGUUGCUGAUAAGGCCGAUACUGUCUCUGUUAAUUGUGAAAACAGUAAAUGGGGAGCUGGCGUAAACUUAACAUCACUUCGAACAAUACUUCCCGAGAUGAGUAAAGCAAAUGAGAUUUUUAUUAACGAGCCUCAGUGCUAUGGGUUUAUCUACGACGACUUACUAUUGUUCCAGCAGUUAUACAACGAAUGUGAUACAAACAAGACGAUAAGUAAUGGCUAUGUAACAUACACUAACCGUAUUGUGUACAUCAGAAAUAAAGUAGUGCAAUGGGAAGUUCCAAUUGAAUGCAGAAAGCAUCAAAGUUCAAGAAUUUACCAUGACCACUUUUCAACAAAUAAAAGAUUUGUUGUAACAGAAGAUGAAAAUGAAGAGUUCAAGUUUAAAACAACUUUUUAUUAUGAUUGGGACAAACGUCUAUCAGAAGACGUACCUUUUGCAUUCAAUCAAACGUACUUCUAUAAAAUACAGUUAACUGAUAAUGACAGUGACCUGACAUUUGAGUUAGAAACAUGUACCCUCCAACAACACAAACAUGGAAAAGUCACAUUGAUAAAAGUAGUUCUGAAUGGGCAACCUAUUAGCAGUGGAGUGACUAUUAUGACAGUGUCCAAAGACAGCAAAGUAAUUGGUAUCAAUAUAAACGAGGAUGUAGAUAGUCAUUUCACGUGUGAUGUUAAAGUCACCUUCAAAUCUACGGACAAAUAA